GCCGCCAGCCCUUUAGGUUGCAGGGUCCCAGUCGCGCGGCGGGGUCAGGGGGGCCUGGAGGUGUCGGCGACCCAGGCCCCCGCCCAGCGCCGGGAGGGACACCCCGGCCUCUAGCCGAGCCCCGCCCCCCAGGCACCGCCCACGCGCCGCCCCCGCCGUGCCAGGAAGCCUAGGGGUGGUCUCGGGUCCUGGGUGCGGGAGGAAUCCUGCAGGUGCCAGUCACCCGAGUGGGGACCCGCGGAGCGGCUGCGGAGCUCGGCCUGGAGUCGUCGGGAUCCGGGCCCGGAGGGAGGAGCGGCGCGGUGCCGGAAGGGACCCUGCAUCAUGGACGCUCUUUCUGAAGCAAAUGGCACCUUUGCCAUCCAGCUUUUAAAGAUACUGUGUCAAGACAACCCUUCACACAACGUGUUCUAUUCUCCUGUGAGCAUCUCCUCAGCCCUGGCCAUGGUCUUCCUGGGGGCAAAAGGAAACACUGCUGCCCAGAUGGCCCAGGUGCUUUCAUUAAGCACAGAGAAAGACAUUCAUCAGAAUUUCCAGUCACUUCUUGCUGAAGUGAACAAACCUGGCACCAAGUACUUGCUCAGAACGGCCAACAGGCUCUUUGGAGAAAAGACUUGUGAAUUCCUCCCGACCUUUAAGGAAUCCUGUCUUCGGUUCUACCGUGCUGAGCUGGAGCAGCUUUCCUUUGCCAGUGCUGUGGAGCAGUGCAGGAAACAUAUCAACACUUGGGUCUCAAAAAAGACUGAAGGUAAAAUUCGAGAAUUAUUGCCAAGUAACUCAAUCAAUGCACACACCAGGCUGGUUCUUGUCAAUGCCAUCUACUUCAAAGGAAGGUGGAAUGAACAGUUCAACAAAAUGUACACAAGGGAAAUGCCUUUUAAAAUAAACCAGAGGGAGCAAAAGCCAGUGCAGAUGAUGUUUCAGGAAGCUACGUUUAAGCUUGCCUAUAUUAAAGAGGUGCAGACCCAGGUCCUGGAGCUGCCCUACGAGGGUAAGGAGCUGAGCAUGGUCAUUCUGCUCCCGGACGACAACGUGGAUCUAAGCUUGGUGGAAAAAAAUCUCACUUUGGAGAAAUUCAGAGCCUGGACCAAGCCAGACCGUAUGCAGAGCACCGAAGUGGAAGUUUUCCUUCCGAGAUUUCAGCUGGAAGAGGAUUAUGACAUGGAAUCUGUGCUCCGGGGUCUGGGAAUGGUUGAUGCCUUUCAGGAGGACGAGGCUGACUUUUCGGCAAUGUCAGGCGAGAGAGAUCUGUGUCUGUCCAAGUUUGUGCACAAGAGUUUUGUGGAGGUGAACGAGGAAGGCACGGAGGCCGCGGCUGCUUCAGCCAUCUUGGUUGUGGAGUGCUGCAUGGAUUCUGGCCCCACGUUCUGCGCCGACCACCCCUUCCUUUUCUUCAUUAGGCACAAUGUGGCCAACACUAUUCUGUUCUGUGGCAGGUUUUCCUCUCCGUAAGGGUGAGCAUUCCCCUCUUUCUGUGCCCUCCUGCCCUGUUCCAUACCCUGGGAAGAUGGGCCUUCGAAGCGCAGUGCAAAGGUGAGGGCACAUGCCUCCAGCAUCUCGAUCCCAUGCUUUUCCACGCCCAGCUCUCCCCAUCCUGACCACUCAUUUGCCCUACUUAGCCAAGUUCAUGGGACAAGAGACCUUAAUGCUUCCCUGUAGUAUUUAAAGUGCAGUCCGAAUCCUAUAGGAUGGAAUGCAAAGUUUCCCUAGAUGGCCCCAGACUUAUUGCCCCCUCAUUCCCCUUGUAAUUCAUUCUAGUGACACUGUGUUCUGCCUUGUACCUCAAAUCUGGUUGCAUACUUGCCUUAGCCUGUUUCAGUAGUAAUAAAUGCUGCUACCUGAGGCUAUUAUUUUAUACUCUGCCUGGUGCAUGGGCUUUUUAGAAAGCUUUAAUGCACAUUUUUAUUUUAUCUUUGACAUUCAUGCCUCACUAAGUAGGUGGCAAACAGGGCAUCAGGCAUUGGAGACAAAGGGGGCAGAGUCAUGGUCUUUUGACACCUGGUCUUUAAUACUCAUGCCAGAGUAGCUUUUAUGACAGCCAGGUUGGACGAGGUAAUGUCCUUAAACUUAUCAUGUGAUCCCCUUGUAGGGAGCCCCUUUCCUUCUGUUCUUGUAUUUUCUCCACCUCCAACUCUAACAAAAAUUCCUCUCAACUCUUAAAGUUCAUUUCCAAUGUCAUCUCCAGGAAAAUUUUCCUUUUCUACAUAAGCAGGUGUGCAUCUUUGAACUCUCAUUGCAUACCGAGGGAGGGCAUUUCUCUUAUGGCGGUUGCUUUAUUUAUUAAUCAUCUGUGUUCUCCAACUGGACCUUAAAUUCCUCAGGGGUUGGGACUAUAUUUUACGUGUCUAUGUGCCAUGUACAAUGCAGCAGUAAGUAAUUUGAUCAUAGAUGAGCUCUGUAAUUUUUUAAGAAAGUGAUUAGAUAUCAGUGACAUUAUUGGGGCCUUUUUAAAGAAUUUGUUAUUGAGGUGAAAUUCACAAAGCAUAAAAUUAACCAUUUUAAAGUGAACAAUGCAGUGGCCUUAGUACAUUAAAAAUGUUGUGCAACCACCACCUUUAUCUAGUUCCAAAAAAUGUUCAUCACCCCAAAGGAAAACCCUGUGCAGUUACUCCCCCCACCCCCAAUCCAACUCCUGGCAACUGCCAAUCUGCUUUCUAUCUCUAUGGAUUUACCUACUCUGGAUAGUUUAUAUAAAUGAAUUAUAUAACAUAUGGCCUUUUGUUUUUGGCUUUUAUUCAGGAUGACACGCUCAUUCAUGUUGUGGCAUGUGCUUCAUCUCUCUUUAUGAUUGAAUAAUAUUCCACCAUAUAGCUGUAGCAUAAGAUUUGUUUAUCCGUUCAUUCGUUGGUGGACAUUUGAUUUGUUUCCAUCUUUUGGCUAUGUAUGAGUAAUCCUUCUACAAACAUGCACAUACAUGUAUUUGUUUGGAUAGCUGUUGUAUUAAGGGUUCCAGUUUCUUCACAUCCUUAUGAACACUUGUUAUUUCCCACCCCUCUUUUUAUAAAAAAAUGGUGGCCUCUGUAAGUGGGUAGGAAGUGAAAUCUCAUUGUGUGUUUUAUUUGCAUUUUCCUAUGACUAAUAGUGUUGAGCAUCUUUUUAUGUGCUUACUGGCCAUUUGGAUAUCUUCUUUGGAGAUAAGUCUAUUCAAGUCCUUUGUUCAUUUUUUCAUUGGGUUGUCUUUUCGUUGUCAAGUUGUAAGAAUUAUUUAUAUAUACUGGAUACAAGACCCUUAUCAGAUAUAUCGUUUGCAAAUAUUCUCUCCCAUUGCUUAGGUUAUAUUUUCCCUUUCUUGAUAAUGCCCUUGAUCCACAAAGGUUUUUAAUUUCAAUGAAGUCCAGUUUAUCUACUUUUUCUUUUGUUACUCAUACUUAUGGUAUCAUAUGUAAGAAUCCUUUGUCAAAUCCAAAGUCACGAAAAUUUACAACUAUUUUUUUCAUAAGACUUUUAUGAUUUUAGCUCUUAAAUUUAGAACGUUAAUCCAUUUUGAUGUAUACGAUGUGAGGUAGGGUCCAACUUAAUUUUUUUGCAAAAGGGGUAUCAAUUGUCUCAACACCUAUAACUGCUUUUGAAUUGCAAAAGGAUGUUGAUAAUAGAUUAAAAAAUAAUAUCUAAACAAGUGAUAAGGUGAAAAAUUAUACAACUGGCAUAUAUAUAUCAAAUCCAUUCCAUGAAUGGAAUCCAUAACCAGACUGAAAGAAAAUAUUAUAAAAAAUCAGUAAGGAAUUAACACUAGGGUAUACAAAGAACUCCUGCAAAUCAAAGAGAACAAGGCAGUCAAUUAGUAAUCAGAAAAAUACAAAUAAAAUACCAUGAGAUACUGCUCAGCAUCCAUCGGAUUGGUGUCAGAAAGUUGGAUACCAUGCAGCAUCAGCCAGGAAGUAGGGAAAUUUAGGAGCACUUAUGGGAACAAGAACCAAUAUGGCCCAGAUAGGAAGCAAUCUGGCAGUGAACUCAAUUGGUGUCUGCUCUGUGCUCAUUUCUGGGUGUGUGGCCCAGUGAUGUCAUUGCACAGGUCCCCAGAGGUACGGGCACAAGGGGGUUCACUGCAACUUCAUCUAUGUUGGCAAUGAAUUGGAAGCUACCUAAGUGUCCAUCUCAAUGGGAAUAGGUAAUGAAGAUGUGGGCAUACUUUGUGACACUGUAUGAGUUAGACCAAAGUACAAAGUAGGUGUACAUUCAGUCUUAUGGAUAGAUGAUGUUGAGUAAAAAAAAAAUAUAUAUGUGUAUAUAUAUAUAUAUAUAUAGUUUAACAACUUAUAAGUUUUACUUACGUAGAGUAAAAAAAUCUCUGUAGUAUAUAUUAUACAAGCAUACACACCUAUUGUAUUUCUUUUAUUGGUGAGAAACUUUUCAUAAAUUUUGCUAUGAUGUUUUAUUAAUGAACAGGGUUUUUUUAUUCCUAUAGUCAAAUCUAGGUUUUUUUCCGUAGUGAUUUUUGACACUGCUUUCAAUUCUUAGAAAUACUUUCCCAUUGAAGCCAGCGUGUCACCUAUAUUUUCUUCUAAACUGUUAUGUUUUUAAUUGAUUGAACUAUUUAAUCCAUCUGAAAUUUGUUUUUGUGUUGUUGACAUUCAGGAGAAUAUACAAUUGUAUUUAUUUACAAAUGGCCAAUUUCUCAACAUUAAUUGUAAAUAAUCUGUUUUUCCCCAGUGUUCACAGUGAUUUUUCUCAUCUUCAUUCUUCAAGGUGAACGUCAGAAUAAUUUUGCAAUACUCAAAAUAAUGUUUUUAACUUUGGUAUUUUUUGGAGGGAUUAGUGUGACAUUAAACAUAUAAAUUUGGGGAUAAAUUAAUCUAUUUACAGGGUUUAGUCUUGUUCGGGAAAUGUGAGGAGUAUCCAUUUAUUCAAAUCUUUUUUAUCUCCCUCUCUCUCUAUAUAUAUAUAUAUAUAUAUAGAGAGAGAGACAUAGUUUUGUUUUUGUUGUUAUGGUAUUUCUAAAUUUUAUUGUCAUUAUAAUAAUUGUAAGUGAGAGCAUUUUUCCCUCAUCUGGUUAUGGGUGGCAUAUAAGCAAACGAAGAGAAACACCGUUUCUCCCUCCUCCUACUAAAUACUUUUGACACCAGUUGUGUGGGUUUUUCCACACCAAGCAGUUCUCCACUUCUCAGGGACACCGACUGGGGGCCUUACAAUUUAACUGUUUGAAUUUUAUUUUUUCCACAAUAGGAGAAGAAUUUAUUUCAUUUAUAUUAUGCAAUACUCUGCAGAACAUUUUUUAAAUUGUGAAGGGUCUAUAUGCAGUUCCUGAAAAAGGUCAUGAAAACAAAUUAAAUGAAAAAUACAGCUUUCAGUACAACGUGCCUAGCAUGAUGCACGCAUUUAUGUGAACAGACCUGUAUGUCUACACGUAAAUUCAUGUAUGUGAGUCUGGGAAAAAGUUUAAAAGGCUAAGCCUUCACCUUUAACAGAGGUUAUCUCUGGGAAAGGUUUUGAGGGGGAAUGGGAGGAAAACUUCCAGUUUUUACUCUCUGUGUUUCAAUAUUAUUUAAUGUUUCAACUAGGAAAAUCUAAUCCUGUGAUCUGCACAUAAUUCAAAGGAAGAACUCUAGGAUAUAACCACAUGUGUAAUUCUGAGUGACACGGUAUUGAAACGGAAAUAAAAUCUAUAUAAACAG